AGUUUCUGUCGAACCCGUCGUGAUUCGUCCUCGUUUAUUCAGUUCGCACCGCCGCUGGUUCGUGUAUAACAAUGCAUUUUCUUCAUUGAAAAUAGUCGAGCCGGUGAAUCUGAUAUUAAUAUUCAUAAUAGUUAUUUUUCGCUUAUCGGUUGAUUCCUGUAUAUUUCUACCAUAUAAUAUACCGUACCUACGUGUGAAUGGUGUGACUACCGUCGGCACUCGGAAGGACAAGUGGUUAUAAUUGCUUCGUUUGAAUAAUUAUUAUUCUUGCGGAAUAUUUAUCAUGUGAACGGUUUGGCAUCGCUGGGAACGAUGAACCUGAACAAGCGCCGGCUGAUAUUCUGCACGUUUAUUUACUCGUGCGCCGCCAUCGGUCUCAUUGGCGCUGGCCUGGGCUCCAAACGAUGGGUCGUGGCGUCGGCUCGGCGCACUUCCAACACUACAGAGUCUGUGGGCCAAGUCAACUUGGGGCUGUUUUACGGCGAUAAGUACUUAAAUAUCGGCUAUGGACUACGGACGUACAGCGUCGAUGUGAUCGAAAUGAUGAAAACGGAUCCGGAUAUUAUGGUGUACAGCCUAUGGGCAUUGACUGUAAUUGGGGUAUUAGCCGGACUCAUAAUGGCCGUGGCUGCAGCAGUAUUCGCAGUCAUAAAUUCAGCCAUCACUCCUAUAUCUGCGCUAGCCGGCAUACCGGGUCUUUACUUUUGGAACAUCAGUGCAAUGUUUUUCCAACUGUUGGCCGGCAGUUUGUGGGUGGGUCAAUAUUUCCAGAGACUGCAGUACAAUGUGAUGAAUAAAGACGAUCGACGCAAUAAAUGGACGUCAGAAGGAAACGCUUCACUAGGAUUCUCAUUCUGGUUCAUCAUUCUUGCAUCCAUUUUACACAUGUUGAAUAUCUUCAUCGUGUUCUGGGCAACCAGUAAUCGCUCGAGAAAGUCACCAUCACCAAUCAUUGAAGAAAAAACUAACGGAGCAAUCAUGCUGUAUUAACAUUUAACGCUGUAUAAUUGCCAUCAAUGUCAAUAAUCAUUUAUAAAUGUAUUUAAGUGUAAAUAAAUUGUCUUUUUUAUACUAUGACAUAUUUUUAUAAGUUACUUUUAUUAGAAUUUAGAGGUUAAUUUAAGGUAUGUUUACAGUUACUGAGAUAAUUACAAUCAUUCUAGAUGGAUUUAACAAAACCAUUGUGAUCAAUGAAAUGUUUGUUAAUAAAAACAACUAAAUAUCAUUUUGUCAAUUUUAUCCAAGCUAAAAAACAGUUUGAAACAAAUUGAUUCUAUCUUUUGUCCAUUCUAAUUAAUUUUUUUAUAUACAUAUACUAGUUUGAACAUUAUACAUACAAUAUAUAGUAUAGUCAGAAA